CCCCCCACACAGUUACACUCGUGAAGAAGCGUCAACUACCUGCCUUUGUGAAGAGCACUAUUUCCGAAAAGACUCUGAUCCACCCACCAUGGCCUGUACAAGACCCCCCUCUGCUCCUCGGAGUGCCAUCUCAAAUGUUAACGAGACUAGUGUCUUUCUGGAAUGGAUUCCUCCUGCUGAUACUGGUGGAAGGAAAGAUGUGUCUUAUUAUAUUGCAUGCAAGAGGUGCAACUCGCACUCGGGCCUCUGUGAGGCAUGUGGCAGUCAUGUCAGGUACCUUCCACAACAAAGCGGCCUGAGAAACACCUCUGUGAUGAUGGUGGACCUGCUUGCUCACACAAACUAUACGUUUGAAAUUGAGGCAGUGAAUGGUGUGUCUGACCAGAGUCCAGCUGCACGGCAAUUUGUGUCAGUCAAUGUAACCACAAACCAGGCAGCACCAUCUCCAAUCACAAAUGUGAAAAAAGGGAAGGUUGCCAAAAAUAGCAUCUCACUGUCUUGGCAGGAGCCAGAUCGACCCAAUGGCAUCAUCUUGGAGUAUGAAAUCAAAUAUUUUGAAAAGGAUCAGGAGACCAGCUAUACCAUCAUCAAAUCUAAGGAGACCAAAAUUACUGCCGAUGGCUUGAAACCUGCUUCAGUAUAUGUCUUCCAGAUCCGAGCACGGACCGCAGCAGGGUACGGUGGCUUCAGCCGAAGAUUUGAGUUUGAAACCAGCCCAGUGUCAGUAGCUGCGUCCAGUGAUCAGACCCAGAUCCCUAUAAUUGCUGUGUCUGUUACAGUGGGAGUGAUUCUCUUGGCUGUUGUUAUUGGUUUCCUUCUCAGUGGAAGGCGAUGUGGCUACAGCAAAGCUAAGCAAGACCCUGAAGAAGAAAAAAUGCACUUUCACAAUGGCCACAUUAAGUUGCCUGGAGUAAGAACAUACAUUGACCCGCAUACUUAUGAAGACCCCAAUCAAGCUGUUCAUGAGUUUGCCAAAGAAAUAGAAGCUUCAUGUAUAUCAAUUGAAAGAGUUAUUGGAGCUGGUGAAUUUGGAGAAGUAUGUAGUGGGCGUUUGAAAAUACCUGGGAAACGUGAAUUGCCAGUUGCCAUUAAAACCCUGAAAGUGGGCUACACUGAGAAACAAAGGCGAGAUUUCUUGGGAGAAGCCAGCAUAAUGGGACAGUUUGAUCAUCCCAACAUAAUUCACCUGGAAGGAGUUGUUACAAAAAGUAAACCUGUCAUGAUUGUGACAGAAUACAUGGAAAAUGGAUCUUUGGAUACAUUUUUAAAGAAGAAUGAUGGGCAGUUCACUGUGAUUCAACUUGUUGGUAUGCUUCGAGGGAUAGCAUCUGGGAUGAAAUACCUGUCCGACAUGGGCUAUGUACAUAGAGACUUGGCUGCCAGGAAUAUCCUUAUCAACAGUAACUUAGUGUGCAAAGUGUCUGACUUUGGACUUUCCAGAAUUCUUGAAGAUGAUCCUGAAGCUGCCUACACUACAAGGGGAGGAAAAAUCCCAAUCAGAUGGACUGCUCCAGAAGCGAUAGCCUUCCGCAAGUUCACCUCUGCUAGUGAUGUCUGGAGCUAUGGGAUUGUGAUGUGGGAAGUAGUGUCAUAUGGGGAAAGGCCAUACUGGGAAAUGACCAAUCAAGAUGUGAUUAAAGCUGUUGAAGAAGGCUAUCGUCUGCCAAGUCCCAUGGACUGCCCAGCUGCUCUAUACCAGCUUAUGCUGGACUGCUGGCAGAAGGACCGGAACAGCAGGCCCAAGUUUGAUGAAAUUGUCUGCAUUUUGGACAAGCUCAUCCGCAACCCCAGUAGUCUGAAAACUCUGGUGAAUGCAUCAAGCAGAGUUUCAAAUUUAUUAGGUGAACAUAGUCCACUGGGAAAUGGUGUCUACAGAUCUGUAGGUGAAUGGCUGGAAGCCAUUAAAAUGGGACGAUACACAGAGAUUUUCAUGGAAAAUGGAUACAGUUCUAUGGACGCUGUGGCGCAGGUGACUUUGGAUGGCUGCAGCAGCAGAGAGAUAAUUCCAUAGGGAAGGUUUUUCAGAGAGGCAAGAUCUACAGCAGGAAAGAACAAAAUAAAAAUAGAAGAAUACACCUCUGCCUGUAUCUGUGACUGUCAGAUCCAGAAAGGACUGGUAUCCAUCCUCCAUUUCUGACAUCUGGUAGUCUGAGAUUCAGGGAGUUAAAUGGUGUUUAUUUGGAGUAUAACAACAGUAUAGAAAUCCCAUGGGGGAAACUCGUCUCUAAAAAAAUCCCCCUGGUCUGUGCCUGAGACCAUGAGAUGCAGGGAGGGGGCGGCACAGUAUUUAUUUACUUUAGAAAAAGCAUUGUGAAGUUGAUAAGGACACCCCUUACCCACAGAGAAAGCACUAUGAAAUCUACCAGGUUCACUGGGCUUCUCCCAACUCUUACAAAAUUCUGGUCCUUGUCACUAGUAUUGGGAGGGCUCUGCGAAAUAUUACUGUGCAUCUUACUGUUAGGCUGCCCACAUGCCUCUUUCAAUAAAAUAUUCAUUCCACAAAACCUAGUUCCAAAUCAGUACUAUGAGAUACAGUUAGGGGUGUGCAAUGUGUUUAAUUUCUUCCUAUCAAACCACCUUUAUGCAAAAGCAGAGGGAAUUUAAAGCAGCAGCAACAAAGGAGUAUCACUGCAUCCUGGCUGUGCUUCAACGCCUCAUCUUCUCUUCACCUGUAUCCAGUGCAGGAGGCAAGGUAUCAUGUUAGAGGCAAUUAUGGACGCUAUUCCAGAUCCAGUGAUCCACUCAAACAGAAUGAAUUAAUCCUUCUCUCCCAAGACUCAGUAGAGCAGAAUGAGAGUCAUUCCAAAUAGUUGUGGUGACUUCUGUUUACAAAUUAAAAACAGGCUCCAGAGUUGUAUACCAAAUGUCAGGCCCUGCUGUCAUCAUUCUGAAUUCUCACAAUGCAAGUCAGGGGCCUUGACUGAAUGUGAAACAUACAGGUUGACAGGUGUGUGCAAAAUCCCAUCAAGAGUGAAGCAAUGGUCAGUUAAAACUGGAUCUCUUUUACUCAUUACUUAGGUUUACUGGGUUAUAUUCAUUUUAUUGGGAAAUACCAGAUCCCAAUCAGGUUGCAGGUCAAUGUCCAGAGUUGUGACCCCUCAAAAUUAUCACAUGGCAUGUCUAGGAUUGUGUAGUUGAUUUCUGCCUCCUUGUGACCACAAGUGAACGGCAGAAUUUCAAUUAAGAAAGAAAGUAGAGCUCCCUUCUAGAGUUUGGUCUUCAUGGUUAAAAGGGAAAGUUGAGGGGAAAUCCAUUGUGUUUUCUGAGUUCUUAUACCACCUUCGUUAACUGGAGUAACAUGAUACUGUCUUUUCUGUGUUGUGAGUGGAGCACUCCAGACAAGAACUGAAAGAAUUCUACCAUUAAAAAGAAAUCAAAUGGUAACUUGGGUCAGGUGUCUCCUGUGUUUUUGCAUGCACUUUGUUGCCGAUUUGAAUUGAAUCCUGUGGAAUACCAAGGACUCUGAACUGCUAUAGUAAAUGCUUUCUUGCAUUUCUCUUAAAUAACAUGUACAUGUAUUUGUGCCUGUACAUUACCUUAGCAUUUAUUGCCAUUUUGAUAUUUGAUAUUUACAUGACACAAAAUAAGGCUAAUUCAGAAACCAUGCCCCUAAAGUUGUUUUCAGCAAUCUGAAUUGUUCAGUGUGUACAAACUAGCACAAUGUCGACUACUGAGAUUUGUCUUCUAAAAUUUGUCUUCUAAACUUGCAAGAACUUCAUCCCCCUUGGAACAUGUCUGUUUUAAGACUAAAUUAGGCGCAUUAAAUAGGAUCAUCUCUGUUUUAGUAAAAUUCUAAUCCCCAAAAUAAAAAAUAAUAAUAAUCAAAAUUUAUUCCCAUUUACUCUGUGCGGUAUGUUGAGAGCUUCAUUGGAAGCAUUUGAUCUUAGUGGCAAUUUCAAAUGGAUCAGGGUCAUGACCAUAUAGAAAAUGUAAGAAAAAUUGGUUACAUUUUGUUCUAUAGGAUAACAGCUGUAAGAUUCAGUCAUGCAGAGAUCAAAGAUGUGGUUACAUCACAGACAAAAACACUUUCAAUAGACAUUGUCUCUCCCCAGAGAACAAAAGAAAAUGUAAUCCUGGUCAUCCUGGCAUAAUUAACAUAUAUUUUUCUUACAUAGUCACCAAUUUGCAGUUGUUAAGAAUCUUGGGAAAGACCUCCCCUCCUUUUAUUCUUCUUCUCAUAUGCUCUAAAAAGUGUUAUAUUAUUCAACUGGUUUGAGCAAAUUCUAACCAUGACAGGAUAGAGCUUGAAAAAACUUUCUUUCCUGACUCAGCUCCUUUCCUCUCGGACAGGGGUGGGUAACAUUCAGAGGUCUGGGUGGGGCAGAUAUGCCCACCACUGGACCUUAACAAUGCUACACCCACUCCACUGCUAUCCCCUCCCAGUGCAAUUUAUUGUUUUUUUAAAAAGUUAUUUAACUGGGAAAAAAAUCCAUUGCACUCUCUAGUGGCAAAAAAUAAAAUAAAAUUAGGGUGUGUGGAGAGGAAAGGGGUUCAAAGAUGGAACAUUACAAAAGGGCCACCACAUAUUUUGGAGAAUUCAAGGGGCUGCUUUGAGAUAAUGUUUAUUUAAUGGAGGCUGCUGGGGAAAUUUUGAUGCCUGAGGUCUGUGUUUGACCCACAAGCCACACCACUUAAGAGGUUCUGUGAGCAGUAGUACAAAAGAGUAGCUUUUCCAAGCUGUAUAAAUAGUAUUUAUUCCUGUCCUUUGUGAUGAACCUCCCUAUCCUGCUUAACAUCAGGAAGCCAAUGGGGCUGACACUGAAUCGCACCAAUGUAGUACUGAUUCCCAGCAGCAAUCCUGCUAUCAAUAUAUCUGAUCCAGACUGGAAUAGCUAGAGAGUAUUUCUUCCCCCUCAUCAUACUCCUUGUCUAGAGAUUGGUGAGAAUUGAACUACAAUUUAUUAUUAAUAAGAGGUUCACUAAUAUCUUCAUAUGUGGCAGACAAAGGAUGUGAGGAAAACUAAUAAUGGCUGGAUGUUGAGUGCUCAGUUUAUAAAAAUCUAGGUUUUAAUCUCUUUGUAUUAAAUCAUGUCAGUCCUAAACUAGGAUUUUUGUCCCUCUUGGUUUUUUUUUUCUUGAGAGAUGCUUCAUCUUUAAUAACCUAGCCACUUGACAGGCAGUUACAACUUGAAACUAAGAAGUAUUUGUUAAUUGCAGCUAAAGCAAAUGGGGAAAUUUUUCUUUUCUCCAGCUAUUUUUAAAGAAAUUUCCAAAAGCAUGCAAAUGUAUUCAUACUGGGGGGGGUGUGUGAAACAAACUUCAGGUUUUUAAAAUUAGAAUGUGGGAGGAAGCAACAUUCAGACAGAUUUCCCUGCUUGUGCUUUUUUGCUUAUUUAACCAGCUUUUUUGGUUUGUUUCUUUCGGGUUCUGAGGAUAAGUUAGUAACAGCAUAGGAUUUCUACAGAAUCAAUUUCUUCUCCUUCUCUUUCAUCUCCUUCUCUUCCUUCCUUCUUUCCUUCCUUCUUUUUUGUCCCAACAAUAUGGCAUCAUAAAUACUGGGAAACACUGUUCGUGGAUGGGACAUUAAGGGGACAUUAUUUGUCCCUUUCAAAUACUAGUCUGUCUGUAAAGCUGUAGAGGGGUAUGACAUGGUCCAGUCCAGAUACCACUGAAGUUCUGGCAAUCAGAAGUUCAAAAGUAUGAGAUUGAACCAGAGAUGGGAAAGUUUAGUUUUGAAGACUAUAACUCCCAGUUAUCCCAGCCAAGAUAGCUACUGGCCAUACUGGCUGUUAGACACAUAAUAAUCAUUUUAAAAACGUCACUUUUUCCAUCUUAGGACAGAGCACUGAGGUGAUACUAUUUCAGACUACAGAUGGAGGAGAGCUUUUAAAAAUGUUUUCCAGAGUAUCCUUGCAGAUAGAAAAAAAGCACAUUGUAGAGGAAUCCUGACCAACCAUCUUACUGCUGGUCAAGAGUUAUACUUGUGUGAAGUUCUAUGACAUUCAGAAAGUCCACUUCCAUCUGUCUGACCAUUGUGGCCUCCGUCUUGGAUUCCCAAGUGGCUCAAAGAGUCAAAGCUGAAUAAGAGUAUUAUCCAAUUGCUAAUUCCACAAAAGAAUUUUCUGACAGGUUUUGGCCUGGCCUGCUGUCCAUUCCUGAAAAAAAUGGCAGCCUCCCUUUCUCCUAGACUCACCUUUGUAAUUGAUUUCCUGUACUAAAUUCUUUUGUGGACCUUUCAUUCAAAGCUAGGCAGGCCACCUUUUUUUUUCAGUGAAGGGGAGGUCAAUAUGAUGAAAUGGUAGUAUCUUGAGGAACAGCUUGGGAAAGCUACAUGCAUACAGAGGAACAUGAAGUGUAGCUCUUAUAUCUCCUUUCUGUGAGCCCUAUUCAGACAUUGGCAUACCUGGUUUGUUGAACCCACUUAAACAAGAGCACUUAGACCUACACCGUCUGCCAUCCCUUCCAUUAUAAUGGUGGUAGGGGAGUCUAAAGAGGAAGGUUUCUUUCUUGGAUGUGGGCUAUAGAAAGAACCUUUUUCCUUGGUUCUUGCUUGUGCUUAGAGAUGACACGUAAGGAGGAACAGUUCCUCUUCAAACUCUUCCAACACUGCAUGGAAAGAGGGCCAUGCUUUCCCCUUUAGGCAUGUUCAGGAAACUAAGCAUUCUAGUACCUAGGGCUCUGCAUAUCACAAUGAGUCACAUAGAUUUUCAAUAUCGCUGUGUAAGUGAGAUUGUGAAGCCAUAGACGACUGCUGGAGGAUACUAAACUUAAUUUAUCCUAUGUAAUUCAUAAUUCAGGAAACUUUCCUGAAUAAAAGUGUUUUUCCUGAGACAGCAUCAGUGCAUAUGAGUGGUGCAAAUAGAUGCUGUUCCCCAACUAAAGUCGGCAGGGGUAAUAGGUCAAGUACUGUGCUUCCACUUUCAUCUUUCUUUCAGGGAAACCUGUCCAUCCAGAAAUGCAAUAUAUGUGUUGCACAGGUAUUUUACCAUGUCAGUGUAGGUUUAUUGACAUUAAUAUCAUUAACUGUUUCACAUUUAUAAAAGAGGGAAAUUGUACAAUAGACAGGGUAAUAGACAUCUGAAUGCAGUCAACAGAAAUGUUUAAAAAUACACUAUUUUUAACUUUAAAGAGAUCAGGAUACUACUACCAACUGUAAAUUUCUAAAAACAUAAAAGUCUCGAAUUAAAAAAAAAGAUGUCAGUAAUUUAGUGCACAAGUGUACUAAACACUUGCUUUUUAUAUGUUUUAACUUAAUAAGGCUACUUCUACACCUGCGUUUUUCCAUUUGCCUUAUUGUUGCCAGUAUCUUUAAUUUAAUCUCCCCUUCACAUAUAUUAGUCAAAAUUCUGUUUUGCAGUAAUGCAAAUUGUCAUAAGUUAAGAAAUCUCUGUAGGCAUUAUCCCUUACAUGCCAGGUUGCACAACUUGCAUUAACUUGUUGCUGCUUCUUACACCUUUUGCAUAAGUACACAACAGGAUUUCAGCCAGUAUGUUACCUU